AUGUUAAUGCGCUUACUUUCUGGCAAUGAAAUCUUUCAAUAUCCCGACGAGAUCGACGCACUACUAUGGAAGAGAUUCCUUCGCCAAAAUACAUCCGAACAGACGAAUGACUCUGGCAGAGGAUCAAGUAAAAACGAGGCAGAUGAGCACAGCGUUUUGCAGAACAUCGUCAUUCAUGACGGCGACAAUGAGGUUCUCCUAGUAGAGUGGUAUGGACCAGAUGACCCCGAGAACCCUCGAAACUGGCCGUUGUCCUGGAAGAAUCUCAUGAUGUUUCAGCUUUGUUUCCUAAAUUUUGCUGUCUACAUGGCGAGUUCUAUCUAUGUCCCAGGUGAGCUAGGCGUCAUGGAAGACUUUGGUGUCAGCGAGGUUGUAGCCACCCUAGGGCUCUCUCUCUUCACUCUUGGGUAUGGUGUUGGUCCUAUGCUAUGGUCUCCAUUGUCUGAGAUGCCGAAAAUUGGGCGCAGCGGUAUCUUCUUUUGGACACUCUUUGCCUUUAUCUUAUUCCAGCUCCCCGUUGGAUUUGCUCCAAAUAUUGCAGUCUUUCUCGUCUUUCGCUGGGUGACAGGCUUCUGUGGUAGCCCGUGUCUAUCCACCGGUGGCGGUACUAUCCUGGAUCUAUACGACCCCUCUGUUGCCUCCUAUUUAUUGUGCAUUUGGGGAACAGCUGGCCUCUGCGGCCCUGUAUUUGGUCCAAUCAUUGGCGGAUAUCUGGUCCCUGCCAAAGGAUGGCGCUGGACAAUAUGGGUUAUUACAUGGAUUUGCACGCUGGUACUGGCUGCAAUGUUUUUCUUCUUCCCUGAGACUAGCGCAGCCAACAUACUUUACAGGAGAGCUAAAAGAUUGAGGAAGGUUACUGGAGACAGUCGACUUAGGAGCCAGUCCGAGAUUGACGCCGCGCAUUAUACCGCAAGAGAUCAUCUAAUCGUCCUCGCCAGAGCUUUUACUUUGACAUUCUCUGAGCCCAUAGUUCUGCUCAUGAACUUGUACGCUGGUCUCCUGUAUGGUAUACUGUUCAUCUGGUUCGAGUCAUUCCCGCUCGUGUUUGGGGAUAUUUACGGCUUCAACCAAGGCGAACAAGGCUUGGUUUUCCUAAGCAUUUUCAUCUUUGCUCUCAUCUCAUUGGCACUCUUUCUACUAUGGAUUAAAACCAGUCUCGCCCCAAAAGUCAAUCAGCCGGGCUUUACGCCAGAGAUGGUUCUUCCUCCAACGUUUUUGGGAUGUCUCGCUCUUCCCAUUUGCCUGUUCUGGUUUGGCUGGACAUCACGAGCGGAUAUUCACUGGAUCGUUCCCACCAUUGGAUCGGGCCUCUUCUCUGUUGGUGUGGUCACCUUGUUUAAUCCGCUAUUCAACUAUCUAGGCAUCGCAUAUCCCGCAUACGCAGCGUCCAUAUUCUCGGGGUCUGCACUUUUCCGUGCCUCAUUCGGUGCCUCUUUUCCACUUUUUGCGCGCCAACUCUUCCUUCAACUAGGUCUUGGCCCAGGUAACUCGCUUCUCGGUGGUAUCGCCGUGCUAUUUAUUCCCGCUCCCUUCGUUUUCUACAAGGAGGCGUACUCAAUCGCAGGUAGCGAGGAUGACGACGUUGUGAGGCAGUCGGGGAAUAAUACAACCCGGCAAGCGGGGGUCGCUUUUACUAUCUUAGCGAGGGCUCUCUACGUAUACUUGCGAUGCCGCAAAGCGAACGCACCCGACAAGGGCUUCUAUACUCUGCAGCCGCGUGUCGCAAAGCGGUCACGAUUUGAAGCUUAUGCUAAACUCUUACGGCUAAAAAAUGGUGGCCAGAUUGAGGAGGCUUCGAACUUCUCCGAAAUACUCCUCGACGAUGAGAUAGAAUUGGAAACGCCGGAUGACACCGAUUCCGUCAACGAGAACGCAUUGUCGUCCUUCGAUGAAAGAAAACUAAAGAGGGCCUUCCUUGAUAGGCUAUCUGAGCUUAUUGCGAAUGAGAAAGGAGGUCAUCAUGUCUCCUCAUCUCUGAUGAUCGAGUGGCCAGAUCGAGUCGACAUUCUUGUAGCGAGAAAUAAUGGCUUCAGAGAAGGAGAUGUAACUCUCCGCAUGCUGGAAAUUAUAGCCUCUAGCCUCCGAGAUAUCUCCACGCUUGGUUCCUCAGGUCUGACAUGUCUUUUGAUUUGCAUGUGGCGAGCUAACAGUGCAUCUCUUCUUUCGUCCCUCGAGGGAUUUCGUGCUCUUAUAGAUGUUGCGGCACGUUCGCAAACGCGAGAUGGCCUUGAAGAAAUUGUGAAGAGCGCCCACGACGUGUUCUCUUUGUAUAAACAGCAUGAUUUUGAUAAGAUCACCAACAACAAUACCAAUACCAGAUCACUGAGAGACGCGCUGGGCUUCCUCGAGAGGCUCUCCGGCUUUCAAAAUCUUCGUAUCCUCCCAGUGAUGGAUCCAACGACUGGCGCAGCCAAACCGAAAGGGGCCGAUCGAAACAAUGCCUGGUCUUUGGAGAAGACGUUUUUAUCCCUGGGCCUUGCACUAAACGACAAGACAGUGGAAUCUCUUGUCGGUACUGGGAAAAGGGAAGGGUCUUGGACAAGGAACAAAUUGCUUCAGAGGUUUGACAAGUUGAAGUCAUCGGCCUCUGAAGUACACGCAGAAAUACAAGUCAUCUUGGCGGCUACAAAACACGACUGUAAGGGAGCGGCCAUAUUCAACUACGUGGGCUGCAGUAAGCGAAGCUGCUUCCUUUGUUCUAGGAUUAUUCAGAGCUAUGGGUCUUACACGACAAGGGGAUGCCAUGGCAAGCUCUACAAUCUCUGGACUGUGCCCGAACUUCCAUGGCUUACUAAGGAAGAACGUUUAAGGCUCGUUCAAGCUCUCAAGAAUGUCGAGAGAGCCAUGAAGGAAUUUCUACGUGAUAAGAAGACCGACGGACUUAUCCAUGCUCAUGAGUCCACAAUCGGAGGCUCAUCAGUUGCGACUAGAAGACAGCAAUCUGGCCAAACCCCUUAUAUGAUGUCCCUCGUAUCAGAGUAUCUUAGAUCGCAGCGCCAAGGAAUGAGGUCCAGUGCUGGCAAAGAAGAAGAUUUUUCAAGCCUUGAUGAUGCUAUUGGGGAUCGGCUUCCGCAAGACCCAGAGACAUGCGAGCAUUUUGGGUUUACCCGAUGCCGCGACGGGAGAGAAGAAUCUCACCUCCUUGGCCUUUACCAAGGUCUCGUGUAUUUGAAUGUUUGGGCUAUCCAGCUGAACGAAUGGCGAGAGAAAAAUAUCCUUAACCGUGGGGGCUACUUCCCCUGGUUCCUUCGAAACCAGCACAUCCUUGACAAGUCGACCCCACCUCUUCAGCUUGAUGGAAAGGAUGAUCCCCUCCAACGAGCUAUAAACGCUGCGAGGCCCUACCUCGAUCUAGAAGACCGCGACAAGGACCUUCAACAGCUAGAGCCACCAUCGAAACGGCAUUGCUUCCUGUUUUAUGCUAUGGCCUUGGACAGCUCGUAUCCAAACCCGUACUGGGCCGAAUGUGAUAUAUGGUACGAUUUUGGUUUCUCAGUUUGUCGUAGCGAAUACGAUCAAAGCCAACUUGGGGGUCUCUAUACUCGGCUUGUCGGUGGUAAUAAAUCAAUGAGAGAUUACGACCAAAGUCUAGGGGCUAAAGCAGAAGAUUAUCCUGAUAUGCCUACAUGUUCAUUCAACGAAUUCUGGUUGGCCUAUGAAAACGGUAGCCUUGUGAAGCUCUUCCACCAAUAUGAUUUAGGGGGGGCACGUCUUCACCUGGGCUUGCAUGAGUUUCUCUCCUUCCCGCUGAACCAACAUGAACUGCGCCCAUCAGUUUGGAGGUUGAAACACUUCCUAGCCCUCGAUCCCAACGCUCCACUAGGCAACCUUCCCAAGGUUGAAGCAGCCGCCCAGGAAUACGGGUUUACAUCGCAGCUCAACGCGGGGACAAAACUGGCUUUGAGGCAAUUUUAUGAACAAUUGUUCAAGGGGGUUAAUCCACUCAGGGUCCAUGACGCAAAGAAUUGUGGCAAAUUGCUUGAAUAUGCGGAAAGCAAACUUGAUGUCAUUGAUGAUGGCGUCCGGCAUGUAUUGCGACGGCUUGGUUGA